AUGCCGUCGCUCUUAGAAGCCCUCGAGCGAAAGUAUGGUGCUAAGGGGGAGGUGAACCCUUCAAUAGAUGACAUGCCCGUAGCUAUUUUUGUGCCUAAACGAUCCCCGAGACUGAGUGUGCCUACGCUUCUAGUGCUCAACGAUUGUGAUAUAGACUGCGCUGGAGACGCAACAGUGCUGGCCGAUAAGUGCGCAGAUGUCGUAGAACUAGAUCUCGCAAACAAUAAGCUUACCGAUUGGGAGGAGGUAUUCGCGAUACUGGAGCAAGCUCCUCGGGUGAGGUUUCUUAAUCUGAGUUUCAAUCGGCUGUCUGCUCAAAUUCAAGCGGCACAGGCCCUACAUCCUCGCUGGGAUAGUCUCAGCAACCUCGUACUGAAUUCUACCUAUGUUGGAUGGCCAAGCGUGCUCGGUCUACUCAAAGCUCUACCAGCUCUGGAAGAGUUGCAUUUGAGUCUUAAUGAGUAUUCGUACGUCGAUUUAAGCGGUAAGGAAGUGAAUGAGAAAGAUCGAUGCGAAGAAUGUGCCCGAUUGAGAUGUGACCAGACCGAACCGGUCCACCAACAACUGAAGAAGCUUCACUUUUCCGGGAACCCUGUGAACAGUUGGAUCGAAGUUUCGAAGCUAGGUUAUGCGUUCCCAAAUUUGGAGACCCUUCUCGUGAAUGACUGCCACCUUUCCACACUGGAGCCGGAUCCGUGCGAAAAAUGUGAUGAUAGCAAUGGAAAUAAGAAGAGUCAUGACGCCUUCCCCCGCCUUCGCUUCCUGAAUCUUAAUAACACGGGAUUAGCAACAUGGGAUGAAGUGGAUAGGCUUGCGAAAUUUCCCGCGUUAAAAAGUUUAAGAGUGCAGGGCUGGCCACUAUGGGAGCGUGUAGAAUCUACGGAACACGAGAGGCGACUCCUCCUCGUCGCCAGACUGCCUCACGUCAGGACACUGAACGGUGGUGGUGCUGUCCCCCCUGAAGAGAGAGACGCGGCUGAACGGGCUUUUAUUAGAUAUUAUAUGGAGAAACCGGAAGCCGAUCGACCUGACCGGUAUUGGGAGUUGGUGGGUGUCCACGGUAAGCUGGACCCAUUGGUGUCUGUUGACUUGAGGCCUGAGAAGCGAGUCCAGAUAACUUUUACUUGCGGUGACACCAGCGAAGUUAGAACCGUCGAUGUAUAUAGGACUGUAUCUGACUUAAAGUCGCGACUGGAGCGGCUUGCAGGUUUUCCAGCUUCAAAAAUGAGGUUGUUCUACGUGGACCAAGAGCUGAGAGAUACACAGGGACCUGAAGAAAUGAAAUACCCUACGAAGCAACUGUACUCCUACAACAUCCGCUCGGGCGAUGAAAUUAUUAUAGAUUCUAAGUUAAAACACUCUGUAUCUGCCAAUUCAACCGCGUGA